AUGGCUCAAUCACUUGUUUUUGUUCAGAUUGAGGAUGCACAGCAGAGCCAAGUGGGGUGGCUAUUUGGACGAGGAGCUUUUGACAAGGGCGACUUGCUGUACCUGCGCGACGAGGAGGAGAAACGGCGCUUCAAGGAGGACGAGCUGCGAGAGUCGGAGCGUGCCAUCUUCUUGAAACUGCAGGCUGUGGCAGGGCCAGGCCCAGACAGCAGCAGGCAGGCUGCAGCAGCGCUACCAGCUCGCACAACGUCCAAUAACCCUUCCAGAUCCCAAGCCAAGCUACUGGCGAAUGUGGUGAAAAUCAAGGGGAACAAAGUAGCUCCACCUGCCAAGCGAGAGGCUGCGGAGGAAGCUGUCCCAAAUACGAAGCGCUCAAAGCCUGCUGAAGCCAGCGAAGAAGAGGAUGGUGCCGGCUUGGCUGGCCUACUAGGUGACUAUGGAAGCGAGGACGAGGAGGGCGCCAACAGCAGUCGAGAGGGCAGUCAAAGAGUCGAGGAUUAUUCUGAUGCAGAAGAACAGACCCCAGCUGACAAGACUGGAGGCGUCACAUCGGGCCCUGGGCCUGGAAGGAACUUGGAUCCGUCGGAACGCGGCGCCGGACAGUUGCCAGCCCUGCCAGAGGCUGGCACCUGA